AUGGCAUAUGCCACAAACUCUCUCGUCAUCCUCUGGUUGCUUAGCCUAGUCAACGGGAGCUAUGCACCCAAGUCCCAAGUUUCCUAUCUCAGGCCACGUGCCGAUACUGUGGAACAGAAUAGCUCCUCCAUCUUGACGGAGAGCCUUUUGAAUCCAAAUGCCACGGGAAGCUGGCCAAUCUUCGGCAUCGAUGUGUCGAAGCCACUUGCAGAGACUCCAACAAACAAUGAAUUCGGCCACGGAAACGGGUGGAGCAUUGACGUUGCAGUUGCCACAAACGUUAGUGGGGGAACUGUGAGCAAUUCGAACCCGUCAAAAAUCAGUCUUGACUCCUCAAACAAUCCGGUCGAGAGAGGAAACGCAACUGACGGGUACCGUAUCUGCUCAUAUGUUUGGUGGCAGAUGAGCUGGACUGAGAACAAGAUCAAGAAGCUCAAUGAUGAUAUCCAAGGCUCAUGUGGUGGCGUCAUCCCACAAAAUUGUAUCGACGAUCUUAAAGAAACUGCAGCGAAGGUCCAGUGCGAUAGUUCUUUGGAGUCUUCGCUGUACGGCAUCGGAUUCGACAUUCCGGCGAGCUGUAGCGACUCAAUGGCUUAUACAACGGCAGAAAGAAGAAACCUCACAACGGAGUUCAUCUCAAACGCCUCGGCCUCUUCGCACACGCUAUUUCAGUCAACUGCACCCUACAACAUUCCCGGCAACGAUAGUAAUACCAGACAGGUCUAUGACUACGCGGUGACACAGGUCUGGCCCGUAAUGCUCUCUUACAUUUAUACUGAAGGGAGCGCGGUUUCAAACUACACGGUCUUUCGCUGCGUUCGCGCCAAUGACAUUACUGCUGGAAGCCGGUCGCCCGAAAGCUUCGGAAAUAGACCAAGUUCAUCGACUCAACACAGAUCGUCGUUUGCGGGUCUUUUUGUUGGCUUGCUAGUUGCUACGAUCGUUUCGUCUCUCAUGACACAUCCAUCGAUUUACGAGGAUUUACUGUACCUUGGGAUACACCACAUAGCUGCUAAAGGUGUAAACGUAUCUCGCAAUGGAUACUCUUUGCUUACAUGCCCUGAGGAAUCGAACUCACACCGCACCGGAAGACAUGGUCAUUUCACCGACAUUGAGAUGAUGGCGAGCACGAAGACCAAUGUGCAUACAACAACAUGCCCCAAUUUUGGCGACCUCCUCGAGUUUCUUCUUCUCCUCGACAGAGACAUAAUCCUUGUGAUACCAAGAAGGCUAAAUGAAUUCCUGCACGUCUGGUGCCAUGCCUACUCCUCAGGCUGCGAGGCUGAGCUCCUAGUGGUUACGUAA